AUGUUGAACAAGAAUACUGCCUGCCAGAAAAAGCGAGGUCGGCCGCCUAAAUACACAUCUACAGAGGAAAAGAAGGCGGCCGACGCGGAAAGAAAACGCACCCAGAGGAAGGCUAAGGCCCCAGAAGAGCGAGAAAUACCAUCUGAACAACAGUAUAUCGGAGGCCCAGGGCAGGCUGUAUUCUUUUGGCCGCUUCUACCACAGCUGCUCAUUCGGCACCAGGGAUGUUGCGAACAUUGCCAUCAGCAGUCUCAAGACGAGCAUACCGAGCAGCAUUCGACUCAUGUUGGCCUCAAGGAAUACUUAGAUGGAAUCGCAGCGACAGUGGAUUGCCCAGAUAUACUAGGGUCAAACACUAUGACGACUCAUACAUCAAACCUUAGUAGCCAAAUAGACGGAAAAGUCAGGUACCAGCUCUACUGUGGAGUUGGCAAAGAUGAUGUUUCGCCAGCCCACAUCUGCUUGAAGGCGGACGAUCAAGCGACUGUACCAACCGAGGUCACCUUUGAUAUUGAUAGCGUUCUUGGUUUUCCGAGUAGCCUAGCUGUAGCCAAGCAAGGCAUUCGUUGGAAUCCCACACAGAUGCCGGUUUCAGACCUACGAUCAGACUUGCACCUCGACAGCCGCUUAGCGCACUACAUUGAUCGCCAUGGCCAUGCUCACUCGGUACGGAGGCCGUUGCAUCAAUUGCCACACUAUUGCUUUGGGCGACUAGUGGGGUUUCAAGAUAUCUCCCUGUAUCUAUUCUUUCCGCAUCUUUACCGAGAAGAGCAAAAGGUAAGCCGUCUUUUAGACGACGACUUCCGUAACUGGAUGGAUCAGAUCCUGCUCCCGGUCGUGUACCAAUGUCACGGUAGCUCUAUUGUGCAGCACUAUCCAUCUAGCUACGACCAUGCGCGAUAUAACUCCACAGCUCGAGGGGUAGAGGGGCGAUCUCAACGGACAGACGCGAUGCCACGGCAGCAGCAGCUUUUUCAUUUUCUUCCGCCCGACCAUCUUCACGAGAUGUGGGAGAUGAUCCUCCAAGCCGUUGAACGCCAUGGGCUGCAGCAGUUUCGCGGUGUUUUCCUCUUCUGCCACGGCAAGAACCUUAAAUGCCUCACUAAAGACUUGACCUGGGCGCAGAUGACUUCGCGCUUCGACGAAUACUGGACUGGAGCUAUCACAGAGAGCUAUCUGACCUCGGACGCUUAUAUUGACGUAGGUAAAGAGGUAUGCUUAGCACAAAAAUCUCACGUCGCACAUGAAGAGGGGGAAGCACAAGAUGACGAAGACAACGCCCUAGCAAAAACGCUAUUAUGGAAGCGAUGCUGUCUUGAGACCUAUAGCGAGUGGAUGCAAGAUUGGCACGGCCAGGAAGCAGAUGGGCAUCGGAGAAUAUUCUACCCUUUUAGCAUGCUACAUGACAGUGGAAGCUUGACGAUCGAGACCCAUCGGAGCUCGAAAAGCCGCGCGGACGGGCUCCUCUAUAGUCAGUUUUACUCUAGCGUCAAGGAGAUAUUCGCGGCUGGGAACGCCUAUCCUUUUACCAACACAGCCAUAGAGACGCUGGCGCUCGACCCUAAGCUACGGAAGACAUGGCAACACGUUGGAGCAGGCCUCAGCCACGAUCCUGUCCCGUUAGUUCGGGCCUAUCUCUAUACCAAACUCCGCUGUCACUAUGCUCUACUAGGAUCAACGCAGAAGUGUUUUGGCACACGGGAGGAACAUCGUGUUUCGAGGCAAUUAUUUGGCCAGAUAAACGCUCGAUUCCAGCAACGGCAACUCCACACACAACGCUUCCAAUCAGCGCGAGAUAGUAAUGCGUCAUACUAUACUAUCACAACCGCCACACUUAUACGGUGGUUGCGCUGGAAUAUUAACAAGUUCUGCGUUGGAUUUGAGAUGGUUUACAGCCUGAACGACCACCAUUUCGUCACGUGGGAACAUACUCGGAUCAUGCUUAUGUUUCUGCGGUGUCUCCAAUUUUCCUACUCUUCCGGCCUUAUUCAGCGGGCCGGCGGUCUUUGGCAGGAUGUACGACUAGAGAGCGAUGUCAACCAGUCAGACGGGCUGCGGAGACGCGAAGGUUUGGGGUUCCAGGACAACAUGAGACGACAUGGCUAUGCUUGGUUCAUGGAUAAAGUGGACUGGGAGACGAUGACGUUCCGGCAACCAUUUGCCCAGUACAUGAUGUUCAACAACCCAUCCAUGCAAGCGGCCUACCACGCGCGCUACAGCCAGAUCCGGGAUGUGCGCAUUGACUUCAUCCGAACAGAUAAGGCCCGCCAAUGGAUGAUGGAGUUUAGCGCUGUACCAACUGGCUUAGACCUUUUAGAGGAAUAUCUGGAACAGCUUUGCCUCUGUGCUUUUCGUAAAGAUGUCUUGUCCUUUAUCCGACAUCUCCUACAUAAAGACUAUAUUGGGGCGGCCUUGGCUGGCCAAGUCCCUCUGUGUUGGCCGAGCAUCAACCGCGUUCUGAAGAACAAGCACCAGCCUCCUAAACUAGCCGCGGGAAACCGGCUGGCGGUGAAGAGCGUUGACGUCCUCUUUUCAUGGUUAUGGGAGUGGAAAGAUGGGCAAUUUGAGCGCAGAGGCUGGAAAGACAAACCAUAUCGACUGCUGUACCAACAGAGCUUCGAGUUUAUCACACUUAUCCGAGGAAAACAUCAAGCCCGCAAGUGGAGAAAGAGCCUCAAGCGCACGUUCCUUCGGAGCCACUGGCUGCUCCCUACACAUUAUGCCAAACGGAAUUAUGGUCGAAAGGGAAUUAUGGUCGGAUAG